ACUAACACUGACAAGCAUGAGUUUCAGCAAUUGUUUAUAUGAAAUUGGGGAAGCUCUGAGCAGUGAGGAGGUGGCCUCGCUCAAGUUUCUGUGCCUGGACUACAUACCACAAAAGAAGCAGGAAUCCAUCAAGGAUGCCUUAAUGUUGUUCCAGAGACUCCAGGAAAAAAGAAUGUUGGAAGAAUGCAACUUGUCCUUCUUGAAAGAGCUGCUAUUCCUUAUUAAUAGACUGGAUCUACUGGAAAAGUACCUGAACACCAGCAAGGAAGAGAUGAAAAGGGAGCUUCAGACAUCAGGCAGGGGUCAGAUCUCUACAUACAGGGCCAUGCUUCUCCAGAUUUCAGAAGAAGUAAUUGAAUCGGAAGUGAAGGACUUUAAAUUUUUUUUGAGCCAGGAGAUAUCCAGAUGUAAACUGGAUGAUAGCAUGAGCUUGCUUGAUAUUUUCAUAGAGAUGGAGAAGAGGCUCAUCCUUGGGGAAAAAAAGUUGGACACCCUAACGAGAAUCUGUAACAAAGUCAACAAGAGCCUGCUGAAGAAAAUCAGCGAUUAUGAAGAAGAAUUAAGCAGAGAGGGAAGAAUGAGCCUUUGUCAAAGAAGUCCAGAUGAAUUUUCAAGUGAUAUGUCUCAGUUACCUGCAGAGGGAGGGCCACCUGAGAUGCUGUCAAUGUCAGACUAUCCAAGAGAACAGGACUUGGAUCAACGAGAACAGGACUUCAAGCCACAAGAACAGGACAGUGAGCCAGGGGAACAGGACAGUCACCCACAGCAGACAUUGGACAAAGUUUAUCGAAUGAAAAGCAAGCCUCGGGGAUACUGUGUGAUCUUUAACAAUUACGAUUUCAGCAAAGCACGGGAGAACAUUCCCAAACUUCAAACAAUGAAGGACAGGAACGGAACAGACUUGGAUGCAGAGGCUUUGCUCAGCACCUUUAGUCAGCUUCAUUUUGAGACGGUGCAUUACAAAGACUCUACAGCAAAGGAAAUCUGUGAGGUUCUGAAAAACUACCAAAGGAUGGACCACAAGAAGAGAGACUGCUUCAUCUGUUGCAUCCUUUCCCAUGGAGAUGAAGGCAUCAUCUACGGCUCUGAUGGGCAAGAAGCCUCCAUCUAUGAGCUUACCUCUUACUUCACUGGUGCGAAGUGCCCUUCCCUUGCAGGCAAACCCAAAAUCUUUUUUAUCCAGGCUUGUCAAGGGAAUAACUACCAGGGACGUAUAGCUGUUGAGGCUGACUCAAGAGAGAAGGAAGCCUGCUUGGAUAUGGACUCAUUAUGUCGGAAGAGAUAUAUCCCAGAUGAAGCUGACUUUCUGCUGGGGAUGGCCACAGUGAAAAACUAUGUUUCCUACCGAAACCCCAUGGAGGGGAGCUGGUAUAUCCAAUCACUGUGCCAGAGCCUGAGAGAAAGAUGCCCUAGGGGUGAUGAUAUUCUCACUAUCCUCACUGAGGUGAACUUUGAAGUGAGCAAUAAGGAUGACAAGAAAAACAUGGGGAAGCAGAUGCCACAACCUACCUUCACUCUGAGAAAAAAACUCUUCUUCCCUCUUCAUUGAUGUACAACAACACUAUGCUUAAUUUUUUAUUAUGAUGCUUGCACUUUAUGCUAUUGUUUACUUGCAUAACACUAUGCUUAAUUUAUUAAUAGAUGCUGCUACCCCCCCCCAACCCUUUUCGAUGGCAGGAAGGGGAGAAAAUGAGAGUGAAGACAAUUUAAGUUUUAUGCAAAUUCAAG